AACCGUCGACAGACACAGCGUGCGUGCGUUCAAAAAACGCUGCAUGCCGAUUGCCGUAACGAAGUGGUGUGAUCGGCGCGCCCGAUUCUUCAGCCAAUCAGCGAAGAGCAUUUGGUGUGCAAUGCGUGAAAUGCAAGAACCUUGCACGUUUCAGCUAACGGUCACAAGUGUUUGAACACGAAACGAACGCAAAAGUUAGAAUUGUAAUUCUUUCACUGUGUUUAAUUCUAUCUUAAUACUGGGCUGUGAAUCACGAAGAUGAAGAAUGGUUGUGAGUCAUUCGAGUCAAUGCAGUUACUUGUUUCCCAUGUUCUGUGUGGGCUGAAUGCGCCUACACGUGACCACAACCCUCGCUACCGCAAGUACACAUGUGCACACAGGCACACGUGAUCGUCAAACAUGUCCGAUGUCGUCGUCGUCGCCGUCGUUGUUGUCGUCGCUCUAAAUGGAGGAUGACCUUUCCGGAUAAUCGAUAUAUUUUCUAGGCGAUGCAUCUGCGAGCGGCGUCGACAGUGUCGGCGUCGUCGUGUGCCCUCACGGCGGGCGUCGUCGCGCCGCCCCCGCUCGCGUCGUGAUCCCAUCCCCGGGCAGCGCCAUGCUAGCGCCGACUGGGGACUCAGCGUGCAGCUAAUAUGAUCUUGGUGGCCACAGUCAUUCUGCUACACAGUGCCGGAUUAGCAGGUUCAAUGCCACCGAUGCCCGGCAUGCCGGGCAUUCCAGAGAACAUCACGGUGACGUUCAUCAGCCCGACGUCGGUACGCGUCUCGUGGGACACGUCCAUCGAACACAUCGAGAAGUACGACGUCACUUACAAGCCGACGGAUGCCAGUUUCAGAGUGGUGGCGAUCGUCGCCGGCAACUCGGACGCGGUGACGCUGCAACAUCUCAAGCCGGACACGCAGUACCAGCUGACCGUCGCCGCCGUCUACGGCGAAAAGUAUAAGAGCCGGCCGAUUGUCUUCCGCACACUGGUUGUUAAGAUGUCAUUAAAACAUGCAAAACGUCUCAACGACGCAUCGCCAUGUCAGCCUCCAAAGACGACCACGCAGCAGGAUGUCACGUCGGAAUCACCCGCGUCGGACGCGCCGGACGUCGAGUAUCCCACGAGUAGUUCCACGGUACGUGGAGUAGAAAUAGGCAUAGUGCUCAUCGUCCUGCUGGUGUGGGUCGCCGCCAUCGCGCUCUUCUUCAAUCGCUGGGGCAAAAUCAGAAUGUUAUUGCCUUAUCAGCCGGACUACAAACAGGAUCAACUGAAGGUACCCGGAACUGCGGCGUGUGCUGCUGCAGUCGCUGCUGGCAACACCUGCAAUCAUCACUCCGGCGAGAUAUGCACGCAGAUGACUGACAGCGUCGAGUCGAAAAACCCUCCUGGUUACGAGAUUCUUACGCCAUCGACGACCCGUAGAUCCCGCCCCCGACUCAAUUCGGCCAUCUUCACGUCGUACAGCGGGCCCGGCUUCGACUCCAAGGAGUUCCUGCGACGGCACGGUUCGCAAUCACAACUAUGUCGAAAAGCGCGCAGCGUCGACAACAUAUCGCUCGAUGAGCAACAAAAACACUUUGGUUUACCAACGCUCUCAAUCUCCGGGCCCAGCCCGCCCGAGGACGAAGAGGACAUUGCCAUCGCCGACGAAACGGACCGCUUCAUCAAGAGUGACGCGUAAAAGUACACAAGCAUCUCUGUGUGUACACUCGUCGAACACUCGAACAAUUAUUUGCCAUUCAUUAAGAGUUAAAUUAAGAGUCAAUUCAACUGUAUCACGACCAUACGCGAACAUUCAUGAAGUCUUGAGACGGAGAUAUUGGUGUCACAGAGGUUGUCAAGGAUAUCGGACUAAAUUUAUCAAAAUUUCGGGGAAAAUCGGGGACGAAAUCAGCUCACGUAAAAAAUGAGAAAACGAGUAGUUUAUAUUAUAAACAAACAUGGACUUUAUAUCGAUAGAAAUUGAUACAUAUUAAAAAUUGAUAAGAUAUUGACAUAUUAGAAUUGAUAAACGAACAUUCGGGGCCACAACUUAUCACGCAAAUAAUCGUAGAUUAGUUUUAAAACGUGUAAUCUCUACUGGAGUAGGAUUAAAGUUAAAAUUUGAAAAAUUCUUCGCAACUUCAUUGAAAUCAUUUUGAGUUCUAAUGUUAUUGUGAAACAAGAUUUAGUCUGAAGGCAUAGAAAUAGUUUUACAUUAAUUGUAACAAGAUAUAUAAUCUGUUUAUGAAUAUUGAGUCAACAAUAACGAACAUAUUCUAAUUGUUUAACGACUUUUUAACUUAAGAUUAUUAUUGUAAUGAUUGUCAUUCUGGUAGUGAUUAGCAAUGACUUGCCGCGUUAUCAUAUCUACUAAAUGAUAAGAUAGUAACUGAUUAGCUCUUGUUUAUAACUAUUAACUGAUAAGCUAUAAAUAACAUGAAUUCACUUGGAAUCUAAAUCUAAAAUAGCUGAAAUAGUGUUCGUAUUUAAUCAUUGUAUUGAUUGAUAUUGAUUAUAAGAUUUGAAUGAUUGUGGCAUAGCUCUCAAUUCUAUUUAUCUAAUAAUAUCACGUAAAAAUAUGUUGAAAACGAAUUUUAAGUAUGAAUAACAAUCUAAACGACACAAAACAUAUUAAAAUUAAUGUAUUGUAACAUAUUGAUAUCUAUGUUUGGUUAUGUUAUGUUUUUGGUUAUGUUACACUGUCACACGAGAACACGAAUUGUAAAUGUUGACCACUGAUCACUUUUUGCUCAAUCGCUGAACUAAAAAUGUAUCUUAAAACUUAAAACUUAAAAUUUACCAUGAAAAUAAAAACGAAACAAGAUUGGUUGUCAAUUUACAAACGCUUUUGAGAUGGCGUCACAUAAAAUGGUUGUGUUUACAAACACACAAUAUUAAAAAUUAAAUAAUACACGGGCUAGAUGACCGUAAGUCUGUAUUCAUAAUCAAAAGAAUUAAAACAUAUUCUUAGAUGGAAUGAUUAAACUAGACUCUAGAACCAAUUUUACACGAAUACUUGAACCAAAUGUUUUGAAAAAACCAAAAACAUAGAAUACUUGUGAAAGGAUUUUGAAUGUUAAGAAUUAAAAUUACAUGUGAACUUUCGUACCAUCUAUAAAUGAUAAAACAAAUAACUAUGACCAAACAAAUUGAAGGGAAGAAUGUGUUACAUGAUGUUUAUAGCAUCAAAUGAAUACAUAUGAAUUGGGUCCAAUAUGUAAACGUAAAGAAACAAAACAAAAAAUAUAUAACUGGAACAAAAUUGAGGUGUCUGAUAUCAAUGUAUGCAACCAAAUUAACUUCUGAUCGAAAUUCUCGAACGAAGGUAAACUUAAAAUGCGACAAUAAAACCGUCACAAGCGUUUUAUUGCUCACACACCCUCCGAUUUGGCUUUAAUAACUUUAAUAUAUGAACUAAACAUAAACGAAUAGUACUACAUACAUACUUAUAUUACAUACUUGUUAUAAUACUGUAUGUACUAAAAACAUUGAACAAUUAGUAUAACACACACCAUAAAAUGACUUUAUGACCUUUUAGCCGUACUAGUAGAUAUCUCUGAUAGUGAAAUAAAACUUAUAACCGACAUAUCGUAUAAAUGUACUUAUGUACUUACUUACAUGUAGAGUAAAACAUACAAUUGAAUAACGAAACAAACGAUUGCGAUUAGUUGUAACACCUAAACAAUUACAUAACGAGAGCUUGGUUUUAAUAUUACUGUGAUUCUAAUAAUGCCUUCUAAUACUCAUACAUGAAUAAACGAUUUCAUUUUUCUAGUCAUAUCCUAAAUACUAUAUAUUAUAAAAAAAUAUUUAAUGAAUGAAUAUAUACAUAUUAUAUGAUGGACGAUGGGGAGAUUAAAUUGUAAUAUUGUAACAAUUACAUGAUUACUGUAAAUUUGCUGUAUAUAUACAAGAGGAAAACUACCAAAUGUCACGUAUUUCUUUGUGUAAUGCAAUAAAGUAAAACAUUAUAAUGUAUACGUUA